AUGGGGCUCGACAAUCCAUUCGGCACCCACACCACCAUCAGCACGGGCAGCACCAGCAGCAGCAACGGCAAUUUUGGCACCGCCACCACCACCAUCACCCACAGCAGCAUUGACAGCAGUUGCAGCAUCCGCAGCAGCAUCCGCAGCAUCUGCAGUAGCAGCAUCAGCAGCAGCAGCAGCAGUCAACCCACGGGCAGUGAACACUUGCUCAGCACACCCGCUUGGGCGACAGCUGCUGCAGCAUGCCAACUGGGCGACCGUGGUCGGGCCGCCUUUGUCGCCGCCGCUUCGGUGGCGGCCACAGACCCGCACCUUGUGACAAGCGAUCCUACUGCAGCAGCCACUGCCACCACCGGCGCCGCCCCCGCGCCGCCGCUGCCGCCGCCGCCGUCGGCCCCCGAGGCCGCCCCGCCUCAGUUGCGUGCUCUGCUGGGGCGCAUUGUAGAGGAUCGGGAGCGCAGUCAGGCGCAGAAGCUAGUGUACCGCGAGCGGUACAAGCAGCAAAACACGCGGCGGGUGGACGCCGCAGUCAGGGAGGAGCGGCGGCAGGCGCGCGAGGCGCGCAGGCGCGAGGCGGACGGGCUGAGGAGGGCUGCCGCAUCCGAGGCGCGCAAGGCGGCCAGGGCGACGGAGCACGCGGCAAUGGACCGCAUGCUGGCGGCGUGCGGGCUGCCGGAGGGCGUGGUGGAGGCGCUGGAGCUGGCGCACGCGCGCAGGCGGCUUGGGUUCCGCGUCAUUGUUGAGGCAAGUUAA